AUGACAAAAAUCUUCUCGGUUUUGGUUAUCUGUGUCAUUGUAUUUGCUCACCAGACAACCGCAGAGUUACUUACAGGCAAUGCCUUAAUCCAAAACGUAUGCAAUUUAUCAGGAAAUGACAAAGAUCUCUGUGUGGAAGUUCUUUCGUCCGACCCAUCAAAAUCACCAAACGCCGACCUCUCAGACUUAGCAAUUGUAGCCCUAAAAGUUGCUGCUAAAAACGCUUCUGGAAUUCUAAACGACGUCAAGUUGUUGAUCGAAGACCCUGAGUUAGACCCUAAAAUCCAACAAGGUUUGUCUGAUUGCAAGGAAACAAUACUUGAUGCUGAAUCUCAGCUUGAAGACACCAUUGCUUCAUUGUUGAUUGAAGAUGACGUUGAUGCUCAGACAUGGUUGAAGGCUGCUUUGGCUGCUAUUACAACGUGCGAUGAUUCUAUUCCUGGCAACGAUGAUGUUUUGUCAGUCAAGAGUAGGAAUUUCCGCAAAUUAUGCAACAUUGUUGUUGUUAUUACCAGGGCUAUGCCUCCGCGUCCUACAAUAUAA